AUGUUGGUCAGCAUACAGAAUACAUCUAGCACAGAUUUAGAACUUGUUAGAGGUACGCAGAAGAGUAUGGCAGCUACAAUGGUUGAAUCACCUCCUCCACAGCUGAUAACAACAAUUGAAUGGAGUAUGAUGGAUAAAAGUAAAUUCUUUCCUCUGUACACAUUGAGCAGUUUCACAGUACGCUGCGCACUCUACCCCCUGACACUGAUAAAGACCCAGAUCCAAGUGCAGCGGAAGAAGGAGGCUUACAAAGGCGUCACUGACGCCAUCACCAAGAUAUACCACAACGAGGGAAUCUCCGGCCUAUAUAGAGGCUUCUGGCUGUCUAGUUUUCAGAUAAUAUCGGGCGUCUUCUACAUUUCGACGUAUGAAGGCGUCAGGCACGAGCUGGGCAAAUACGAUGUCAGUCCAAAGAUGAAGUCGUUCAUAGGCGGCGGUUGCGCCUCGCUCGUGGGCCAGACCGUGAUAGUACCCUUCGACGUGCUAAGCCAACACCUGAUGGUGCUCGGCCUCGCCAAGGGCAGGCCCGGCGGCGGCAGAAAUCCCAAGCUGAACCCGCUGGGGCUGGACCUGGAUCGGAGGCUGUCGAAGGCGGCCCUCGCCCGCGAGGUGGCGCUGCGUGUCUACAGGCUGCACGGCCCGCUCGGCUACUACCGGGGCUACGCCGCCUCGCUGGCUGCCUACGUGCCCAACUCCGCCCUCUGGUGGGCGCUCUACACCGCAUACCAAGACGAGCUUCUCAAAAUAAGCCCAAGUUGGAUAUCGCACCUGUUUGUCCAAUGCGUGGCGGGCACCCUGGGCGGUUUCACCACGACAAUACUCACCAACCCACUGGAUAUAGUGCGCGCUAGGCUACAGGUGGAGGGGGUGGGGUCCAUGAGGCAGGUGUUCCGCGAGCUUUGGCGCGAGGAGGGCCUGGUCGGGCUCUACGCGAAGGGCCUCUCAGCGCGCCUGGCCCAAUCGGCCUGCUUCUCCUUCUCCAUAAUCCUCGGCUACGAGACCAUCAAGAGGUUCAGCGUCAGCGACGAGUUCCGCACGAGGGUGCGGUGG